GAGGAUAAACACGCCUUGCAUGGACCGACAUGAGGAUUUAAAACCGUGCUGAUAAACAGGACAGCGUUGUAUAAGCAAUUCAUCCGGUGUAUCGGUCACUCUGAAGAACAAGCUGGAGAAACUGAGUGGAUAAAUUGGGAAUUGUUGUAAGGAAACGUAUAUAAACCGGAUUAUCUGCGCUGUAUUACAGAGGAUCCAGACUAGCUGCAGAUUCAGACCUUACCAUGGUGUGGCUGUGUGCAGCGCUUUCCCUAACCCUUCUGUUAGGCUAUGUGACGGCUGGACUGGACAAAAGCAGAGUCCCAGUGUUCCUGGACCAAAAGGUAGCCAGUGAAGUCAUAAGCCGUCAGAAGAGAGCGAAUGCAGGAGACGAGGAGAAAACACUCCCUCACAACCUCGAGCGGGAGUGUCUGGAGGAAGUGUGCAAUUAUGAAGAAGCAAGAGAGGUGUUUCAGGACACUUAUCGCACUGAUAUCUUCUGGUCAGUGUACAUAGAUGGAGAUCAAUGUGCAAACCAGCCAUGCAAAAAUGGAGCUAUGUGCUCAGACAGCGUUGGCGGUUAUGACUGCAUCUGCAAAUCAGGAUUUUCAGGAGUGCACUGUGAAACAGAUCAGACUGUAUGUGUUGUUGAUAAGAACAAAGGCUGUAGUCAGUUCUGUAAGCCUGGCUACCAGGCGUAUGAGUGUUCCUGCGCUUGGGGAUGGAAGCUGCAGCAGAAAGAGAAAUGUGUGCCUGCUGUGCAAUUCCCAUGUGGGAAGGUGAGCAGUUUGAGCCAGUGGGACAGCCGGCAGUCCAGCAACAUACGCUCGGACUAUGAAGGACUGGACUGCAGUGCUGAAGAGUGUCCCUGGCAGGCCCUGCUGCGCAACAGUGGGUCGAAUGGGUUUUGCAGUGGCGUCAUCAUUAAAGACAACUUUGUACUGACUACUGCACAGUGUGUACGCAAACAUACUGACUUCCAGGUGGCUGUGGGCAAGAGGAUACCAUCCUAUGAGCUUGGUGAACAGACCCUGUAUGUAAAGCAGGUGCACAUUCAUCCACUUUACCUGGAAGGAAAACCAGAAAAUGACCUCGCUGUGAUUGAGCUGAAGGACAAGAUCAUCUUUAAGAAGAAGGUGGUGCCAGCCUGCCUGCCUGAGAGAGAUUUUGCAGAAAGUGUUUUGAUGUCAGGCGAGUUCAUGGGCGUGGUUACUGGCUGGAAAGAUGCAUCCGAGUUUCAAGGAAACCUUAGGUUAAAUCACCUGUCUUACAGCAAGCUGCCAGCUUGUGUGGAGCGUCACUCGGGCCAGGUUACCAACAAGAUGGCAUGCACCCUGCCACGUUCUAAAGCGGAUUGCAUCUUCGGCCCCGGCAGUCCUGUCCUCACCUUGUACCGAGAGGUCUUCUUUCUCACUGGCGUGGUGAGCCAGUCCCAGGGGAUGGACUGCAGCAAUGGUUACGUCUUUCAGAAGGUGUCUCGCUUCCUUCCCUGGUUGAAGAAUGUAAUGGGCUCUUUAUAAACCAUGCUAGAUAGAAAUACUUCUGAAACUGUGCUAUCUGUUAUCUUCACUUCCAGUUAUUUUCCAGUGUGUGAUAUUUUCCAUGUGUUUUCAUGCAUGUCUCAAAAGCAGAGCAUGCAAUGCCUUGUGCUUGAUGUUUCUCCAAAAGGCGACACUCUCUGCUUUAAUUCCUGUAGCAAAGUUCAUACACACAUCUAUAAUACAGUGCUUUACAUAUACAUGGAUAUGCCUAUUCGCAUAUGUUAUAACAUUUACAUUUAUAGCAUUUGGCAGACGCCCUUAUCCAGAGCGACUUACAGUUAUCUCAUUUAUACACCUGAGUAAUUGAGGGUUAAGGGCCUUGCUCAAGAGCCCAGCAGCGGCAGCUUGGCAUUGCUGGGAUCUGAACUCUCAACCUUCCGAUGAGGAGGCCAACAUCUUAACCACUGAGCUACCACUUCCCUUAUAUUAUACUUUUACUUUCUUUGGAAUAAAAUGAGACAUCAGUAGUAUGAAAUACCACAUAUGCACUGGUUAAUAUAAUAUGUUAAAUCGAAUUUAAAUAUAAUCAAAUCUAAAUGAUGUUAUCUCUUUACAUGAUGUAUUCAAAUUAAAGUCUUUAAUACUAGUAAAAUGAGGAAAUAUCACAAAUAUCAAGCUUCGGUAAAUAAUAUUAGAUUAAUAUUAUACUGAAUAGACAUAGUGUCACAUUGUCAAAUAUUUUUUUUUUAAACAAUUUUGCAAAAUCUCUUUUAUUUUCUGUUUCACUGUUUUCCAUUAUCCUUUUUAAAAAUACAUUUUCCUCCCCUUUUCACAUUUCACCCAUUUUCAUUAACUAAGCCAGACCCAACUAGAUAAAAUGGUUAUAUGAUAUAUCUACUGUGUGUGAUGUAGGGCCAGGAUGUUGAAUGAAAUAUUUGGUUAUACAGUAUAUAAUACCAUUUUCCACCUAAUUGUACUGGUGUCAUGUUACUAUUAGACACUUUCCUGUAACUGGCUAAUAAACCCAUUGAACCAAA